CACGUGUACGACACCCUCUCCAGUUCGCCAGUUGCGAUUCACCUCCCGGUCUCCCAAUUGGGCAUUGUCGUAACAUCACUACAUAACGAAAGCCAUCAGUGGCAGCAAUCAUCGCAUCCCUCCAUAACCUCCCUUUAGCCGCUUUCUACGCCAACAACCAACAACCAACAACCAACAAGCCUACAGGCUGAAGCUGACACAAUAGAGAGCCCAGGACCAGAACAAUGUCGAAAUUCUACAAAAAGGCGCUCAACAAGCUCUCCAACAACUCGAGCUCGGAGAGAAGCUCGGACUCCGAGUCCGUGGAUAAGACCGAUAAACCCAGAAGAAGUUUGAGCUUCAGAAGGAGGAGCCGCGACAAGGGCAGCUCCAGGUCCCAAACUUCGCCACGGUCUUCGUAUGACAGCUCCAGACUACCGGCUCUGGUCGACGACACCUCAUACCAAGUCGACAUUCCAGAAGAACCCCAAGAGCCCACAGUUUCUCCAGUGGAUGUAUCUGUAAGGAUAGUAGACGAUGAAUCGGAACCAGCGCAAGAUCAAGCACCAAGCGAGGAACCGCCUCGCCUCGAGAAUGCUGAAGAGGAAGCCGGAGCAGGAACUCACCCUAUCCUGAACAGCAAUGACAGCAGCGAGGGUGCUGAUGUGUCUAAUGAUCUUCUUCUACAACCCAGCAGUAUACAUGCUGACCAUACCCACGAUUCCCAGGACCCCAAAACUUCUCAAGUGGAUGAAACUAGUACAGAGCCAGAUACUCUAUUGCCCGAGCAAGACUCCGAGCUAAAUGCCGAGCCCACCAGUGUCAAGACUACUGCAGGCUCAGACCUCGAAAAUCAAGCUACCCAUCAUUAUACCCCCAUCACUGAAGAGAUAGUUGAGGAACUCGAACCUUUACUACGUGCCACCUCCUCGCAGAGCCAGUUUCACGGAGAAAGUGUUGAAGCCAGCCCUGGCCUUGUGUGGUCAUUUCUAAUAGCAUUGAAUGGUAUUUUGACCUACUUGAAUCCGAAGAGACCAAAGCUAGUCCACCUUGUUAUCGUGCUCUUAAUCUUAUUUUCAGUUCUUCUCUAUUUCCUUUUUACUAACCUCGACACUUUGGUGGCUCAGUCCGUCAAGGUCAACCUCCAGAGCGUUUCGAUUUUGAAAAUCAAUGAUGACGGAGUGGACUCCCACGUCACCGGGUCUCUCCUUGUGGACUACGACAAUAUCUCAAACGUGCUCUACAAAUCGGUUCUCAAGUUGGGUGCUAUCUUCCUUGGAACUCUCACGAUAAUCCCCAAUCAGCAAAUAAAGAUUUAUGUCAAACCAUCUUCACUUGAUAUAGCACCUUUGCAUUUGGUGGAUGUAUAUCCUCCCCCCCUAAAAGUUGCGAUUAUCAACAAAAGAGAAACAGACAUCGACUUCAUCACCAAGGUCAACAUAAUCAAGGAUGAUGCUUUGAAGUUGAGCCAUGAAUUUGAUAAGUUGAGAAAGAUCGAUGGUGAUUCAAUUAAUUUUGAUGUACAAGGUGUAUUCAGUUCGGAGAUACAAACAAAGUUUUUCAACUUCAACACCGAUGAAAUAAAUGUGUAUGAGUCCUUAGAAAUACCCAAGGAAAUUCUAGCUCCCCCAAUCGAAGUUAAAAAAUUUGAUAUUUCGACAUCAGAAGCAGUUGAAAUUUAUACUCAAAUCCAACUAGGAGGAGAUAUUCCACUAGAUUUAGCAGUGAAUGGGAUUAAUUGGGAUGUUUUAUUGAAGGACUGCGACGAUAACUUGAUUGAAUUUGGAGAUUGGAAAAGCAGAAAAUUUACCAUUCGUCCGAAUAAGGAAGUUAUAGUGGAUAUUGAUGGAUCUAUCACAGACAUUGAUGAUGUAUUGCUCUAUCCCUGCGCAGAUGGUACUGACAGUCCAUUGAACAGAAUCAUACAAAGCUAUUUAUCCGAAGAACCUAUUCAUUUUGCUUUGAGAGGGUCGAAGCAGCAAGAUGAAAAGUUACCAGGAUGGUUGUAUGAGAUCUUGACAAACUUGGAAUAUGAAAUUGAGGUCACUCUACCUAAAGGAAGUCUUGAGCUCGGACAAUAUCAGUUACAACUGGUUGAAUUCGAAGUGCCUUCUUCGCAAUCAACCGUAGUUGGGGAGGAUCAUCUCCAUAUGUUUUUCAAGUCCAACCUAACAUUAUCCGUCACUUAUGAUGUUGGACUCGAAUUCCAAAUUCCUAGUUUCAAGUCAAACUUCACAAUUAAAGAUGUGCAUAGUAAUGAUAUAAUUCGAGGUUCAUCUUACAAUUACAAUCAUUUAAACAUAAAUUUUGUCAAUGAAAGUACUAUGAAUAUUGAAGUUAGCUUAGAAACUAUGGACCUCCAAGUUUUUGAUCCCGAGAAAGCUGGCCAGCUUCUCAACAAGUUUGUGGAAGAUGGGUUUGUUGUUCCUUAUGAUCAGUUUGUUGUCGAUUUAGAAGUGAACGAGUUAUCGUUUGAGCUGAAUUUAUUCAAGACUCGCUUGAACAAAUUGAGGGUGAACAAUAUUACUCUUAUCAACAAGCAGGAUGAAUUUGCUGUUCAAAUCAAUGAAAAUGCAAGUAGAUUUGAGCCAGAAGAAGAAUUACCCCCUAUUGAUUCAUUUCUCAAUCUGUUAAACAUUUCCAUUGCAUCUUUGCUUUAUGAGGAUUCAUAUAAUGAUGGAGUAGUAAUAGUCUGUGACUUUGCGAUCACCAAUCCUUCCAACUUCUCGCUUGAUUUGCCAGGAGAAUUGCUCCUGGUGGGGUUAGAUUACAACGGAACUUCUUUUGCCAAAGUCAGAUUUGAGGACUUGUACAUUCCAGCAAAUGAGAGAUUCAACACCACUGCUGAAGUAGAAUUGUCUGCUGAUGGAGUAGAUAGCAAGAUUCGUCUCGAGCAGUUGCUAGGGGCGUUUAUCUCGGGAUAUGAUGACCUAGAAGUCAAGGUUUUUAAUUUAACCGCAAAGAACAAGGGUUUAAACAAAAUAUUGCAGGAGGUUGAGAUCUCAGGCAUACGAAUCCCGAAUAUCGAGUUUAAUAGGCCACCUAGUGCUGAUCUCAGAGCCGCCACCCCACGUCCUACACAUCCAAGUCCCUUCCUAGUGGAGUCUGUGAUUCAUGUUCUUAAUUCAGAGGUGCAGCUCAAGCUUCUCAACCCCAUUGAGAACGCCGAACUAGUCAUCGACUUGUACCAAGCGGAGGCUACGAGCGAAGACAAGGUGUUGGGUCAUUUGGAGAGGCCCGAGCUCCUCGUAGUAACCCCGGGAGUCUACCAGACUCCUCGUAUUCCCAUCAAGAUUGCGCGUGGGAUUGGAAUGGAUACUCUCCGAAAGGCCAUUAAUGGCGAUUUAGAGGUGGAUGUGGUGGCCGUUUUCAAGGUUAGGUUGGACAAGUUUGAGUCUGAGUUGGUGUACCGAGGCCAUGGAUUAAAGUCCCAGAUCAGGUUUUAG